AUGACGGACGUCGAAACUAAAAAGGACAAGGCCUACUGGGCAGCUCGAAAGAAGCGCUUUUUUCUACAUGCCGGGGUAGCAGCAGAGAAGCAGAAGUCAAAGGAAGAGACAUAUGAGCGUUUUAAGUAUCUGCUCAACUUAACAGAUCUAUUCCGCCAUUUUAUGAGCAUCAGAGCCAAACAGGACAAAAACAUUCAAAAAUUACUGAAAACCAUCGAAUCUGAUGGUAGCACUCACGGAAAAAGUGCAGGUGCCAGAUCUCAGGACUGGCGACACCAUAGAAAGAGCGAAAAAGAGGAAGACGCAGAAUUGAUGGAAGAGGAAAAGGAGGAUGUUGAAACCGCUGGACUUCUAACAGAAUCGCCUAGUUACAUCAAAUCAGGCGUUCUGCGAGACUACCAAAUCCAAGGUGUUAACUGGCUACUCUCACUCUAUGAAAAGAAACUCUCGGGUAUCUUGGCUGAUGAAAUGGGUCUGGGAAAAACUCUGCAGACAAUUGCGUUUUUAGGUUACCUACGUUACGUCAAAGGUAUCGACGGGCCUACCAUCAUCAUAGUACCAAAAUCUACGGUCAACAACUGGCAGCGUGAGUUUUCCAAGUGGACUCCCGAAGUCGAAACAGUGGUGUUGAGCGGGAACAAGGAAGAGCGCCACGAUAUUUUGAACACAGUCGUGCUCGAGGCCAAAUUUGAUAUCCUCAUCACCUCUUAUGAGAUGGUUAUCAAAGAAAAGGCCGCCUUGAAGAAGCUAAUGUGGCAGUUUCUUGUGGUUGACGAAGCACACAGAAUCAAAAAUGAACAAAGCACCUUGUCCCAGAUCAUUCGUCUUUUCCGUUCUCGUGGUAGGCUUCUCAUUACAGGCACGCCGCUGCAAAACAACUUGCAUGAGCUCUGGGCCCUCUUGAACUUUUUACUGCCGGAUAUUUUCGGUGACUCUGACGUUUUCGACCAGUGGUUUGAGCAAAAUGAUAGCGAAGAAGAUCAGGAUGUAGUUGUUCAGCAAUUACACACUGUCUUGAGCCCAUUUUUGCUCAGACGACUAAAAUCAGAAGUAGAGACUUCUCUUUUGCCUAAAAUCGAGACAAAUCUUUAUGUGGGGAUGACAAAAAUGCAAGUUCAGUGGUAUAAAAGUCUCUUAGAAAAAGAUCUUGACGCUGUCAAUGGAGCAAUUGGGAAGCGCGAAGGAAGCACAAGGCUUCUUAACAUCGUUAUGCAGUUGCGAAAAUGCUGCAACCAUCCGUAUCUUUUCGAAGGUGCUGAACCGGGACCCCCAUACACGACCGAUGAGCACCUUAUUUUCAAUGCUGGUAAAAUGAUUGUUCUCGAUAAGCUACUGCGAAAGAAAAGAGAGGCUGGAUCCCGUGUUCUUAUUUUCAGUCAAAUGUCUCGAGUUCUCGACAUUCUGGAAGAUUACUGUUUCUUCAGAGAUUACGACUACUGUCGAAUUGACGGAUCUACCUCUCACGAAGAAAGAAUCGAAGCUAUCGAUCAGUUCAAUGAACCCGAGUCUAGUAAAUUUAUAUUUCUCUUGACCACUAGAGCAGGUGGGCUCGGUAUCAAUCUGGUUACUGCUGAUACAGUGGUGCUCUACGAUUCAGACUGGAACCCGCAAGCAGAUUUGCAAGCCAUGGACAGAGCACAUAGAAUUGGACAGAAGAAACAGGUCCACGUUUAUCGUUUUGUGACUGAGAACGCAAUUGAGGAGAAAGUUAUAGAAAGAGCAGCUCAAAAAUUGCGGUUGGACCAACUUGUGAUUCAGCAGGGUGUGGGGAAAAAGUCUUCUUCCAUCGGAAGUUCGAAGGGUGAGCUGUUAGAUAUGAUCCAAUUUGGUGCAAAAGAUGUCUUUGGUAAUAGCUCUCAAAACAUUAGUGUCGACGAUGACAUCGAUGAAAUUUUAAGGAAAGGUGAACAAAAAACGCUUCGAUUGAAUGCAAAGUAUGAGAAACUUGGCUUAGACGACCUUCAAAAGUUCAAUGGUCUCGGCGAUCAGUCGGCCUAUGAGUGGAAUGGUGAAAACUUUCAAAAAAGACCUGAUGAUAAAAUAAAAACAUGGAUCAAUCCUUCGCGAAGGGAAAGACGUAGAGAACAAUCGUACUUUACAGAAGAUAAUCCCAGAGAUGAGGAUGCAAGUCUUAAAAGCAGCUCUCAGGUACGAGCAGCCAGGCCUCCAAAGACCAUUAAUUUUCAGGACCAUCAAUUCUUGCCACCUCAAGUCAAAGAGCUUCAGAUGAAGGAGCAGCUUUGGUUUAAGAAAAAGGUCAACUACAGAAUUUCAGCAUACGACCUUGGCGUAGAUGAAACGGAUGCGGUUGGCGAUGAACCCGAUGAACGCGUGCGUGAAGAACAAUCAAAAAUUGAUAAUGCGACAGAAUACACAGAGGAAGAUGAAGAGCUGAAACAAAAGCUUAUAGGCGAAGCUUUCAUGAAUUGGAACAGAAAGGAGUUUUUUGUUUUCAUCAAUAGCUGCGCAAGGUUUGGAAGAGAUGAUUAUGGGUCGAUUGCCGAAACACUAGACAACAAGAGUGUUGAAGACGUCAAAGCAUACGCCAAAGUUUUCUGGGCCAGAUACUCAGAAUUGCCAGGCCAUGAAAAGUACUUGAACUCCAUAGAAGCAGGUGAGAAAAAGGCUGAUAGGCUGAAGAACCAAGAGUCAUUACUCAAGAGGAAGGUUGAGCUGUACGAAAAUCCUCUAUAUGACAUGGUAGUCCAAUAUCCCCCAAACAAUUCACGCAAGACCUUCGACCAUUUCGAAGAUAGAUUUAUUUUGACAACCAUCUACAAAAUAGGUCUGUCUGCGGAGAAUCUUUACGACAAAGUAAAACAGGAGAUUAUGGAAAGCGACUUAUUCGAGUUCGAUUGGUUCUUCAAAUCAAGAAGUGUCCAAGAAAUCUCUAAACGAGCAAAUACCUUGCUGGCAAUAAUCGCAAGAGAGUUCGACGGGCCUGAGCCUUUCAAGAAGAAAAGGCGAGGGCGAGAACUCACACCAAGCGGCGAUAUUGAAACAAGCCAAUCUCCUAGUUUCCACGCUGAGAAGCGAAUAAAACUACAAGAUGAAAUAGAGUUGGUAUGA